CGCGGCGCCAUUGGCUGAGCGGUCUGUCGCUCUGUCCGGAAGCUCCCGCCCUCUCGCUGAGGCGCUGCCGGGAAGCGGCGGUUGGGAGUGAAAGAAAACGACAUCCCUCGCCUCUGAAUUCACGCCAAGAGAAACUCCUGACUGCUGCUUGGCAGAGCCCCUCCUCAGCUCUCAUCCCUUGCCCUCCCGUGCCAGCGCUCUCUGCGGAGAUCAGCCCGUGCCGUUGCAUUUAUGUGACUGAAGGUCUCAGCUGAUCCGCUCUUUUCUUGUGCAGCCAAGAGGUUUGCAGCAGCAGCAGCAGCCACGGCCAGUACCAUACUUAAGAAGGUUCCUAAAAGGAUGGCGUCUCUUUUGGAGAUGAAAGAAAUCUUCCGCAACGCUGAUGCAGUGUGCUUUGAUGUGGACAGUACGGUCAUCAGGGAAGAGGGCAUCGAUGAGCUUGCGAAGUUCUGCGGAGUUGGAGAUGCUGUCGCAGAGAUGACCCGCAGAGCUAUGGGUGGCACUGUGACAUUCAAAGCAGCUUUAACAGCACGACUAGGACUCAUACGACCCUCCUAUGAACAAGUGCAAAAACUAAUAUCUGACAAUCCACCUCAGCUAACACCAGGAAUACGGGAGCUGGUGAACAGGCUUCAUCAACGAGGGGUACAGGUCUUCCUGGUCUCUGGGGGGUUUCAGAGCAUCGUGGAGCAUGUGGCCUUGCAGCUGAACAUUCCAACGGCAAAUGUUUUUGCAAACAGGCUGAAGUUUUACUUCAAUGGAGAAUAUGCAGGAUUUGAUGAAACACAACCAACAGCUGAAUCAGGAGGGAAAGGAAAGGUUAUCACUCAUCUGAAAGAACAGUUCCACUUUAAGAAAGUAGUUAUGAUUGGAGAUGGAGCUACAGACAUGGAAGCCUGUCCUCCUGCUGACUGCUUCAUUGGAUUUGGAGGAAACGUAAUCAGAAAGCAAGUAAAGGAGAAAGCUAAAUGGUACAUUACUCAUUUUGAUGAGCUGCUAAAGGAACUGGAAGAACGAUAAACUGUACAGUAAAAUAAUAUAUUUAACAGCUGUAAGUCAACUAUAAGAUGCAAUUAAACAUAUAUUUGUUUGCAAA